AUGAAACCUACUUGUUGGCAUACAAAUAAACGAGGCUGUCAGUUUGACUCAAAACAAACUUUAUUAUAUAUUAAACUAUCUUUCAGCUCCCCCAACUUGGUAAAGAAUGUUUUAGAAGUUAUCUUAUGCAAGCCUUCCAGGAAUGCUUUGUGGUCUGUAGGCGCUUCUACCACCAGGAAGUUAUUUGACUGGUUUGAUUGA